AUGGAUGACGACAAAUUCGAUGACGCCAAUCUCCGUGCCAAGUUACUGGAGAGGCAGGAAUCUCUGAUUAGCCAUACCGACGACGAUGCUAUUGCUGAUCUUCUAACUCAGCGUCAGACACCAGAGGAAUGGCUUGAGGCGCUCACGAAACUGGACUUUGCAGACCCUGCCUCUGUUCUCAACCUUCGAUUCGACUUGGUCAAGCAUCACGUCGGGGAAUUCAUUCUAUGCACUGGGAAAGAUGCCUUUACUGUUUCGCCAUGCCCCGGCGCCUUGACUCUAGAGGAAACGCCAAUUGUGGAUCACGACAGUGUCCAUCCAGGCCUUCUGGCUCUUGAACUUUUCCCCAAGUCCAAAGCUCGACCUGCUCCCGCGGAUGAAAAGCCCCCGAAUCAUCACUUCCUUCUUGGUGUUUCAGAUUCGGAUGAGACUGAGUAUGUCCUGGUCGUUGAUGCCAUUACGCCUGGGCAUCCUGUGUGGCUGAUCUGGGAUCGGCUGUCUGGACACGAACCCGAGCCAGACUACGUCCACCCGGACGAACGUGACCCGGUUUUCCACGGAGUUGGGAAGAACUUUGAUGCUGCACAGAUCCUCCCCACUAUUAACGACUGGCUCGAGUCCUACGGGAACCUCAACUUCAAUCAGGUUGAGGAGUCCAUCAAGGCGACUGGCCUCCUUGGUUUUGUGAAGGCCAAGGAGGUGACAUUGGCGUACGUCACUGAGCUUCUGGGCCAGGCUGAGUCGCAACUGGCAACCGAUACAAUGGAAAACGACGAGAUGUCCGAUGCUGACGUCGCGGAGAUCAAGGCAGCUCUUGGUAGUCCUUUCCAAGGAAAGAACUGUUGGCUAAUUUCUCCAUCUGAAUACCUUCGCAAACUCGAGGGAGCGACCGCUCGCGAUAGCAGCCUGGAUCGACACCCACGCAAGGCUUGGAGUAUCCCGCCGCGUCGGUCACCUCUGGAGUGGCUUCAGAAGCUUGCCAUCACAGAUUUUGCAGACCGCAAGGCUCUUUUGUCUCUUGAUUGUGGUUUGCUUUAUAUCACGGCCCGUUUUGAUCUGGUUACCAGCGAUGAGGCCAUUUAUGCCAUGCGAGCAUGUUCUGAUAUUCUGGAUAAUCAAGACCAACAAAAGUUAGUCCCCGAGAAUCAUUUCAUGUUCCUAACCCUCGAGGUUUCUACCCUUCCUGGAACUGAGCAUUCUCUUCCUACCCUGGUCUAUACUGUCGGGGAGGUGACGAAGAAAGUUAAAAGCACGACCUACGACUCAUCCACCGAGUCCACUGAAUAUGUCCUUGUCGUCGAUAUCAUUGCGCCUAGACAUCCUGUCUGGCUGAUCUAUAAUCGCAAUCAAGAUGUUGAAUGCGGUGAGGAACGAUGCAUUGUUGACCCGGCUCACAUGCCUUUAAUCUUCGAAAGUAUUGGAUAUAACUUUGACGCUGCCCAAAUCUUCCCGAGCAUUCACGACUGGGUUCAGUCUUAUGGAAAUGUCGACUUCGGCAAAUUUGAGGAGUCUAUCAAGGCGACUUGUAUCACAGGUGCCGUGGAGGCCAAGGCAAUUCUCUCGUCGGAGGUUGACGUGCUUUUGCGCCAGUAA